AUGACUCUACUCGGCGACAUGGAGCCCGCGGAAGCUGAAUCCGUCUACUUCAGCGAAUACUCAGCACCAAAGGCUCUUCCCAGGCAUGAAGCGCUCGCCCGAGCCUUCAUCGAUCUGCACGUAGAAGACAACCGACGUGUGGUCCUAGUCACAUCAGGCGGAACAACAGUCCCCCUAGAGACACAGACAGUGCGCUUCAUCGACAAUUUCUCCGCAGGAACCCGUGGAGCCACCUCCGCGGAGUAUUUCCUGCAGCAAGGUUAUGCAGUCAUCUUCUUACAUCGACAGUACAGUUUGCUUCCGUAUUCGCGACACUACAGCCAUUCAACGAACUGUUUCCUUGAUUUUAUGGAUGAGGCGCCGCCGACUGCUGACUCGGCUAAUCCGGAUCAUGGAUCCAUUGUUGUUCGGAGCGAGUAUCAGGAUGAGAUGCGUGAUGUUUUGCGCAAGUACAGAUAUGCUAAGCAGAAUAAUCGGCUGCUUUUGUUGCCUUUCACUACAGUCGCGGAGUACAUGUUUGAAUUACGGGCUUUGGCUAAACUGAUGCGCCCUCUUGGUCCGAAUGCGCUGUUUUAUCUUGCCGCUGCUGUAAGCGAUUUCUUUAUUCCGAGAAGUCGGAUGGCAGAGCAUAAGAUUCAGUCGCAGGAGAUUCCUGCUCAUCUGCAGGGUGAUCCGGUCACUGAAUCGGAAGAGAUAUACACCGGUGAGAAUGAGACUCAACCGCCGAAGAAUCAGAAGAAGCUCGUUGUCAAUCUCGAUCCCGUUCCAAAGUUCUUGCAUCGUCUGGUUGAUGGUUGGGCGCCCGAUGGAGCUAUGGUUGUUUCGUUUAAACUCGAGACAGACCCGUCUCUACUGGUGUACAAAGCGCGCACGGCAUUGCAGCGCUACUCCCACCACUUGGUUAUUGGAAACUUGCUCUCCACGAGGAAGUGGGAGGUUGUUUUUAUUACACCUGAUCCGCCACAUGAACGUUGGAUUCGCGUUCCCAAGGCCCGUCGGAGCAAGAGUAUCUCUGGUGUGGAAGAUCAAGUUGGGCUUGCGGAGAUCCAAAAGGGCGGAAGUGCUCAAAAACAAAAAUCACAAACGGAUGAAGUGCCUCCAAGUGAUGAAACUCGGAAUGGUGUCGAGAUUGAGAGUUUGAUCAUUCCCGAAUUGGUUAAACUACAUGACAAAAUGAUUGAGAAGAAGACUCAGAAGACUGAGUAA